CCAAUUGCGUGCGCCGUUUUAGUUUGUCCGUUGUGAGGCGACCGGGUAUUGUGUGUGCAUCUGAUCACACAUAGAACGAAUUAAAUUAAAUUUUUCUAGCCAAUAGUUUACGUACCCAUAGAUAAUAAAUAUUUAAAUAAAAAAAUAAGUGAAAAAACUUGAGUUUUUUAAAUUUAAAAAUAAAUAAAAGUGUACAGUUUACUAGAGUUAAGUAAAUUUGAAUAGAUUGUUGGGUACAUUGUCGACAGACAUCGUGGGGUAGUUUGAUGGUGUCUUGAAAAGGUGGAUAGUUGUAAGUUGUAUGAUAAAUAAAUAAGUAAAUAAAUAAUCAGCGGUGGCGUAAACCAGCUCAGAAAGACUCGGGUAUAGUUAAUCCUGGCCGUAGUAAGUGAUCGUGAUCAUCGUCGUCGUCGUUGUCGGUUGCUGCUGCCGCUGGUGCUCCCUCGAUCCCUCAUGUCGGCGGCGCUGUAGUGCGAAAUUAAAAUGGCGGUGUUCCGUUGAGCGAGGUCGGAGGCAAGCACUCAGACGCUCGUAGAACACACGACUGUUAACUACGCGUGGACAUUAUUUAAUUCACCACGAGUAAUCUUAGAUUUAAAAAGAUGCUCGCGGUAAACACGUGAACUUGUUUUUUAAAACAAUAAAAUUUUUAAGUUUUUAAAUUAUAAAUUAUUUAAAUAAAUCAUACGUUAAAUAAAAGCGCGUGUGUUUAAUAACAAAGAGAAGAAGUAGUAGUUGGAGGCGGCGAGUUUUAUAGUUGUAGUAGUUGUAGUAGUAGCAGAGUAACAGAGUAACCAGAGGAGUGUAAUAUCAAGUGCUUUUGGUUGUGCGCGGGCCGCAAGACAACUACAGUAUUGUUAUUAAUAAUAAUACAAUUGUUUAUUUACAAAAAUAAAAUUUAAAAGAAUAGUAAAGUUGGUUAAGUUUAUCGUUAGUGUGGACAAGUGCUCGGACGACGGAAUACCGUCGACGGGUGGUGGGCAAUUGCUAUUUGUAAUACAAUAAAUGGAGUAGAGUAUUUAGUGUUGUAAGUUGUAAUAAAUACAUAUAAUACGCUGGCGGGUUAUUUAAUACGGCUGCACUCUCGAUGUGGCUCAAACGAACACGAUGGAGUGUGACACAGUAAAGUGUUGACUCUUACACUCAUUAAACUUUAUUUAUUUUUCUCUCCUUCUUCUCCUAUAUUUUUUGCUAGAGAACGCUCUCUGGGGACUCUCUUUCUUUGGUAUUAACCUCAAAGAAUAUACCUAGAGAACGGAGAAUCUCUUUUUCUUCACGGCCUCGUGUUAUUAUUUAUUUUCAUUUUUUUUUAUUUUUUAUUUUUAUCUCCUUCUAACCUGGCGGUAGUCAAGUGGGCUCCGGCUACCAGGCGAUACGUGUCACCGGGAACAAGACGCGUGUAGACUUUAAACAAAUACCCGUUGUUAAAGUUGGUGCUGCUGGAGAGUGUUAAAAGUGUGUGGUAAUUAUAAUAUAUAUAACAGUAGUUGGUAAAAUAAGUAAAAAAAAAAAAAAACGACGACGAAGACGAGAAGGAAGAAAAAGAAGAAUAAGCAUAAGGGCUGAUACCCCAUGCCAAUGCCGGCGGAAUACCACGAGAGCCACGGGAACCACGAGAGCGCAAAUUUCGGGCUCGCGGCUACCGCCGCACAGGACGCCAGCAACAUGACGGCCAACAUGUAUCGGGUGGGAGACUAUGUGUACUUUGAAACGUCAUCGACGUCUCCUUAUCAAAUACGAAGGAUAGAAGAAUUAAAUAAGACGGCCAGCGGUAAUGUCGAAGCAAAGGUGAUGUGCUUCUUCAGGCGGAGGGAUUUACCUUCGACCUUGAUUAUGCUUGCAGACAAGCACCAGUUGGCAAGCGUGGAGCAGCAGAGGUCUGAAUCCCCUGCGAGCACGCAGAGUCAAAAACUUGAGAAUCCAGAUCUAACUAAGGAAAUGACUAGUAAAGAUAGUGGAAUUGGACAUAAAGUGAUGAACAAAGGUCCUGGUAAAGGUGGAUGGCUUAAAGCACCACUUUCUGAGGCACAUGAGCCUCAUGGGAUGGAGGAAGGCGUUGCCAGUGCAGGCGGCGUUGCCGAAUUAAGUACAAAGCAACGUCACCAAAUGAAACACCGGGAGCUGUUUCUAUCGCGGCAAGUCGAAACGAUGCCCGCCACCCACAUCAGAGGGAAGUGCUGCGUGACACUACUCAACGAGACUGAGUCCCUACUGAGCUAUCUCAACAAAGAGGAUUCAUUCUUCUACUGUUUAGUAUUUGAUCCAGCUCAGCGUACCUUACUAGCCGAUAAAGGUGAAAUAAGAGUUGGAAGUAGAUAUCAGGCCGAUUCAAUAGCACCCGUAGUUUUAACGCAAGCAGAAAAAGAAGCGGAUCCACGAAGACUGCAGGAUUUGGAAACUCUGGUGUGGACACCCCGACACUCGUUGACGGAUCGUCAGAUAGACCAAUUUCUUGUGGUCAGUAGAUCCGUGGGAACAUUUGCCCGAGCACUUGAUUGCUCUUCCUCUGUAAAACAACCGUCGUUACAUAUGUCCGCGGCUGCUGCCUCCCGAGACAUUACCCUCUUCCACGCGAUGGACACACUACAUCGACACAACUACGACAUUGCUAAAGCAAUGUCGUCCUUAGUGCCCAGCACCGGUCCUGUUUUGUGUAGAGAUGAAAUGGAAGAAUGGAGUGCGUCCGAGGCAAAUUUAUUUGAAGAGGCGCUUGAUAAAUAUGGAAAAGAUUUUUCCGACAUCCGUCAAGAUUUUCUACCAUGGAAGACUCUUAAAAAUGUUAUUGAAUACUAUUACAUGUGGAAAACGACUGAUCGCUAUGUCCAGCAAAAAAGAGUUAAAGCUGUUGAGGCUGAAAGUAAAUUGAAACAAGUUUAUAUACCAAACUACAACAAAACACCGGCAAGUACACCUACGGGGACGACUAUUUUACCUCUGGGUAAUAGCAAUAGUAGUAAUGGAAAGAGUGUUAGUGUGCUAAAUGGUAGUAGUAAUGGUAAUAUCACUGGUGACAACAGUGGGAUUUUGAUGAUGGGAGUUGGCGGUAAACCUUGUGAAAGCUGUCAAGGUACUCAAAGUUCACAGUGGUACGCAUGGGGACCUUCACACAUGCAGUGCCGAUUGUGUCAAUCUUGUUGGUCAUAUUGGAAAAAAUAUGGUGGAUUAAAAGUCCCAUCACGCAUUGACGAUUCUGACUCGGAUAGAAAACGAAGCAACGCUGGUUCAGAUGAAGAAAGCAAAGGAAUAAGCGGUGCUCAUCGACCUCACCGAUGUAGCAUCCCCGCAUGUGGUAAAGAAUUCAAACUUAAAGCCCACCUAAGCCGUCAUUAUGCUAGUGCACAUGGUGUUGAUUUACGUGGGAGCGGUACCAUAGGUAUUGGCGGUGGUAGCGGAUCACCAAGACCUGUGAUGAAGACACGCUCGGCGUUUUACCUCCGUACAUCGGCAUUGGCGCGUGCAGCGCGACGUCUUUGCGCCUCACAAUUGCGCACUCGUCACGCUGCGCGUGCUCCACAUCAACCGGUAAAUGCCGCGCCAUUGCGACACCUCUGUGCGUCACCGCAGCUUGCCACUAAGAGUCCCGCUGAAUUGAAACUGUUGGCACGCGCUGUGAGACCACGACCACGUCCGCGUGUCACUGACAUUGCCACGAGACUGGGUGACCAUCCGGUACCACGACAACCCGGCGAUUGGGAUUGGCUUAUACUCACCGCACCCGCACAACGUAAACAACCUGACCGUGUUUCGUUUCCAAGACCACCCAAAGCACCUGAUGGUAGCCUUCUGUAUGACAGAGUACCAAAUAAACCAGAAGUUGACAGACUUCCGCCCACGCCGCCUCAACCUCAGCCACCAAUCCAGCCACAACAAACUAUUUUAAAACGCAGCAGGCCAGCAUUCGAAGAAAUAAACGGUUCAGAUGGCAUUGCCCUGAAUGCAGGGCUACCAGGUGCUCCACCUCCAGCGAAACGUGCGCAUCACUCGCAACAGUUACAUCCGAAACAUGUACUGGAGCACACACCGCCGACAAUUGUACCCUUGGCACCGCCACUAAACGGACGGGCCAUGCAUCCGCACACUUUUCCUCACGGCGUCGCUUUGUCCAGGAGUAACGCGCGCAAACAAGUCAUGACAUGGUCAGAUGCACCCGAUGACGUCUACUUCAGGGCAACAGAUCUUACGAAGAGACAAAGAAGAUCAUUGUCUUCAGUGGAGUUACGAAGAGCUGCACGCAAGCCAUGGCGCAAAUUGUCGGUUCCAGUUUAUCCCCAAAGGGCGCCUACGACGCGCAAUGACGAUUCUCGUAUGGUCGUUAUACUUGACUGAAUAAAAUAAAAAUAAAAAUAAUAAAAACAAACGAGGGAAAUAUAAUAUAUAUAGAUAUAUAUAUAUAUAUAUAUAUAUAAAUAUAAAUAUUAUAAAUAUACUAUAAAAACUUUUUUUUACAACCGAGCUAUCCACGUAUCAGUCAAUCGAUGAUAAUUAGGAUCAGGUCCUAAGUUUUAAACUAAACUGAACUAAAGUUUACAUAAAUAAAUAAAUGUAAUACUUGAGAAAUAACUAGCCGGUGAUUGUUGCCGAUACGAAUCUCAAAAAUAAAAGAUAAUUAAAAAAUUUAAGAAAAUGAAAAAAAAAAAAAAAUUUGAGAGUGAUAUUCGCGAUAAUCGUCGUGGGCUGUGGGAUGGAUCUAUUUGUGUGUGAGUGUGUGUGAUGUCGUGGUUCGACGGGGAUUUUUUCAAGUGAAUAUUUUAUAAAUAAUAAUAAAAAUUAAAAAAAAAAAACAAAAAAAAAAAACAAUUGUGGUUAAGAGAGAAUAAUUAAAAUAUUAAACGUAAUAACGAUUGAAAAUUAAUGAAAUCGUAAACAUUUUGAAUUAUAAAUGAUAAUGAAAAUAAAAUAAAGCAAUUGAUUAUAAAGAUAUGAAAAAUAAUAGUAAUAAAACUGUCGAAAUGUCUCAAAUAUGAUAAUUUUGUCUACUGUAAUUAUAAUUGUACGUUGCACUGAUACUGCACAUCACGUUUUAUCGUGUUAAGGUGAAUUAAAAGUAAAGCAGGAGACAAUUGCGAUAUUAAAAAUAUUAAAAUUAUAUGAAUUAAUGUUAAAGUUAAAUAUGAUUAACAAAUCAAGUCAUUCACCAUGAAAAUGAAAAUCAUGAUUUUUUAUCGGUAUUAAUUAAUUAAUUAAUUAUUGUUGUUAUUAAUCAUAAUUAUUAUUAUUAAUAUUAAUAAAAUGUACAUAUUAAAAAAAAAUAAUAAUAAGUAAUAACAUAAACAAAACGUAAAAAUGGAAGAAGUGGCAAAAAAUUAAAAAAUAAAAUGGAAAAAAAAAUUUUUAAUCAAGUAACGAUUGUGUACACAAAAAAUACAUGCAUAAAUAAUAAUUACAUUGAUUGCUAAUUUAAAAUAAAUCGGUGAAUAAGAGCACGAUGUUUUUCUUUUUUUUUUUAUUGAUUUGAUGAAUUUAUUAAUUGAAGAAAAAAGAAAAAUAAAUAGCACUGGUGUGUAUGCUCUUGCAGUCACAUUUUAUGUGUUACUAAUAUUAAUUAAUUGACUAAUUAAUUAAUUAAUGAGAGUGAUGAUACGGAUGCAUGAUUUAUUAAAAGUACAUGAGAGAUAAAGUUAAUUAUGAUUAAAUAAUUAGUACGUAAGUAAAUGAAUAAAUAGAAUUAAAAUAAAAUAAAUUUGAAUAAGUCGACAAUUACAAUGUACGAAAUUCAUCACUGUAAGGAAGACAGAGCGACAGAGAGAGAGACAGAAAGAGAGAAAGUGAGAGAGAUAUUGAGAAUGCUCAUUUUGUGAAUAUUUUUAUUAAAUUUUCAAUUUUGGUGACUUCCGUCGUAACCAUAAUAAAUAAAUAUACGCAUCGCUCUGAAUGUA